ACUUUUAGAGCUGGUUGACAGAAGUCACGUGACGAUCAGUGACGCCGUAAUCUGAGUCGUAACUUCCUUGUUUUUGUCGGAACCAUUAAACUGAAACCAUUCCAGUAAUAUACGGUCAAAAUAAACAGGAGACGAAAUGCAUAUUACCAGAGCCGUCACGUACAGGCGGAGACGGCAGGGCGGCACAGCCUAGGAGCUCUCCCUGAUUCCGGACCCUUCCAUCUGUCUCCCGUUUUAUGUGUGAAUCAUGAUGCUGUGCUGGGGAAGCAGUGCCUCGGGUCAGCUGGGCGUCGGGGCGUCGGAGGCGUUGGUCUUCGAGCCGAGGAGCUGUUGCAUGUUCGACGGGAGGGGUCUUAAAGAAGUUGCGUGCGGCAGCCAACACUCGCUCUUCCUGUUGCAUGAUGGGAGCGUUUACGCCUGUGGCUCCAACAGCUGCGGUCAGCUGGGCCAUGACAAGGGAGGAUGGAGGCCAGAGCUGGUAGGAGCUCUGGAUGCCCAGAAGAUCGCCGGUGUUUCGUGCGGGCAGACUCACUCUCUGGCGGUAAACGAGCAGGGGCAGGUGUUUGCCUGGGGGGCCGGAGAAGGAGGGCAGCUCGGUCUGGGUACGGCUGAAGAGGCGGUCCGCGUGCCCAGGUUGAUUAAAAAGUUGUGCGAGCAUCGAAUCUCACAAGUAAUGUGUGGCAACCAACACUGCAUAGCACUUUCAAAAGAUGGUCAGCUGUUCGUGUGGGGUGAGAACUCCAGCGGUCAGCUGGGUUUAGGGAAGGGAGAGCCGAGCACCCGGUCUCCUCAGCCGCUCAAAUCUCUGUGUGGGAUCCCGCUGGCUCAGAUCAGCGCUGGAGGAGACCACAGCUUCGCCCUGUCCCUGUCCGGAGCCGUGUUCGGCUGGGGGAAGAACAGCGCCGGGCAGCUGGGCCUCAAUGACGAGCAGGACCGGGCUGUUCCCUGUCACAUCAAGUUCCUGCGGUCGCAGAAGGUGGUGUACAUCAGCUGCGGAGAUGAGCACACCGCUGCCCUGACAAAGGAAGGGGGUCUGUUCACAUUUGGAAACGGUUCAAGAGGACAGCUGGGCCACGAUUCCACCAGAAACGAGCCUCUUCCACGCAGAGUUAUGGAGCUCAUGGGCACCGAGGUGUCUCAGAUCGCUUGUGGGCGGCACCACACCCUGGCAUUCGUUCCCUCCACUGGUCUGGUUUACGCUUUCGGCUGCAACACUCAGGGCCAGCUGGGUACAGGCCUCAGAGGAAAUGCUAAGAGCCCACUUCCUGUCAGGAACAUCCAGCCCCUGUGCUUUGGAAAUACACACACAAAAGGCGAGCGCUACACCAUCUGUAAAAUUCACAGUGGAGGCGAUCACAAUUUCCUGUUGUUGUCUACUAAGGAGGGUUCAUCUUGUUCCGAGGAUUUCCGCAAUGAAUACCACAAAAGCAUCGCUCUGAUUAAUUCUGAGAGUCUGGACAGCUGGAGGAUGAAGCUCCAUGACAACGGCGAUACAAGCAUCGCCAAUGACAUCAUACUCCUGUUUUCCUCAACUGCAUGUUGGAAUGCCAGCUUUUUGGACCAAAGUGAUGAUGGACAUUUCAAAACCAACCCCAAAGUCCCGGGCAUUGAUUUUAAUGCCGUCAGGCUGCUUUUUGAGACGCUGAUGAAACCAGCCUUCGCAAGGCUUUUGGAUCAGGCCACAAAGAGCUUUGAGAGUCUCCUGAUCCCCCAGCUGCCCUGCUCUCCUCCUGAUGUGGAAGCCAUGCGGAUCUACCUGAUCCUGUCUGAAUGUCCCGCUCUCCAGGACUCCAAGAACUACAUCUCUCUCACCAUCCCUCUAGCCAUGGCCAUCCUCAGACUGGACGCCAACCCCAGCAAAGUUCUCGAUAACUGGUGGUCUCUAAUGGAUUGCGAGGUUUUCUCUAGACUCGUGGAGAUGUACAAAAGCAUAGUUGUGUUUCUGUUGACCGGCGGGAAGGCGCUCCUGAUGCCUGUGUUUCUGGAGAGCUACACAAGCGCCGCCCUGCGACUGCUGGAGAAGCUACACAAGGUCAAUCUGAAAGCCCAUCGUGUGGAAUACAACCACUUCUACAUCCCUGACAUCGCCACCCUGGUGGACAUCCAGGAAGACUACCUCAAAUGGUUUCUGCGCAAAGCUGAUAUUAAAAUGCGAUACCCUCCAGUGCAGGGUUCUGUCACGUUAUGUGCCUAUCCGUUCAUAUUGAACGCGCAAGCCAAGACAACCGUGCUGCAAACAGAUGCUGAGCUGCAAAUGCAGAUGGCGGUAAGCGGCGCUAACUUGCACAACGUCUUCAUGCUGUUGACUAUGGAACCUUUGCUGGCAAGAAACCCUUUCCUGGUGCUUCACGUACGAAGGAACCACUUAGUCAGCGAUGCUCUCCGGGAGCUCACCGUCUACAAUGACGUAGACUUGAAGAAGCCGCUUAAGGUCAUUUUUGAUGGAGAGGAAGCUGUGGAUGCUGGAGGAGUCACUAAGGAGUUCUUCCUGCUCCUGCUGAAAGAGCUGAUGGAUCCUAUCUAUGGCAUGUUCUCCCAGUAUUCAGAGUCCAAUCUGCUGUGGUUCUCUGAUAAAUGUUUUGUGGAGCACAAUUGGUUCCACCUGAUCGGGAUCAUCUGUGGUUUGGCCAUCUAUAACUCCACUGUGGUGGACCUGCACUUUCCUCUGGUGCUCUACAAGAAGCUUCUGAACGUUUUGCCCUCACUGGAUGACCUGAAAGAGCUUUCUCCUACAGAGGGAAGGAGUCUUCAGCAGCUGCUGGAGUAUGACGGAGAUGUGGAGGAGACCUUCUGUCUGAACUUUGCUAUUACGAGGGAGUAUUAUGGGAUCACGGAGGUGAAAGAGCUGGUGCAGGGCGGGAAGACCAUCGCUGUGGACAGGACAAACAGGAAGGAGUUUGUUCAGGCGUAUUUACAGUACGUGUUCAGUGAUGCCGUGCAGGAGCAGUAUUCGGCCUUCUCCAGCGGUUUCCUGAAGGUCUGUGGCGGGGAGAUUCUCUCUCUCUUCCAGCCCUCUGAGCUCAUGGCCAUGGUGGUGGGAAACAACAACUACAACUGGGAGGAGAUGGAGAAGAAUGCCUCCUACAAGGGCGAGUUCUCUGCAUCCCACCCAACAGUAAAGAUGUUUUGGGAGGUGUUUCAUGAGUUUCCCUUGGAGAAGAAGAAACAGUUUUUAUUGUUUUUGACAGGCAGUGACCGCAUCCCCAUCCACGGCAUGGCCAGUCUACGCAUCGUCAUCCAAUCCACUGCUGCAGAAGAGCACUACCUUCCUGUGGCCCACACCUGCUACAACAUGCUGGACAUGCCCUGCUACCAGACCAAAGAGACCCUGCGGCACCGGCUCACGCAAGCCGUGGAGCAGUACGAGGGCUUCAGUCUGGUCUGAGCGGGAUCUACGGAGGUCGCUUUCUGUAUGCCGACACUGCACUUUAAACCUGUGGAGAAAUGGAAAACGAACGCUGCUCUCGCAUUUAUUUGACCACAGACGAGCACAUCCUGAGUUUCAUGAGUAAAUCUAUUAUUUUCUUAUUUUUACAGACUCUGACUUGCUUGUUUUGGUUGAAUCUUGAGAUGUGCACCGUUUCUUUCUUUGCUUUUUGGUUAUAAAAAAAAUUCUAUUUUUUAAAUGACACGAAUAAAUUAUAAGAUUAGGAUUGAGUUCUUGGCAAAACAAAUUGAUUUGACGUUCUUUAUAUAUUUUGUAAAUGUAAAUGUCUUUGAAUCAGAUUUUAAAACCGAUAGGUUGCUCUUGCUAGACCACGUUAUUUUGCUAGGGUUGUCCGAGCCUGUUUCUGAAGGGCCGCUGUCCCGCAGACGUUUAGCUCCAACCCUAAUCUUAACACACCUGAACUAGAAACUUCCAGGCAUGUGUGUUGGGAAUAGCUUGGACGCCGCAGUUUGAAUUUAUGGAAGGAAGCAAACAAAUUUGAAAUAAAUUCACUUGUUAAAGCGUAUAAAAAGCCCACUAAAAAUGCUCAUCCCUGGCCAUAGAUGAGUGGUUGAUCCCAUUCAGAAAGAACCUACCCCAACCCGUCAAACUGGGAGCUCAUCCGGGAUAAAGACGGUAGAGGUAUUGCCCCAUCAGCACGGUUUCAAGCCCGAUACAUUUAGGAUGUCUAAUCCUGAUCCCGGAGGACCAAUGUCCUACAAAGUUUAGAUCCAACUUGUCCCAAUACACCUGCCUGGAAGAUUCGCGUAAUCCUGAAAACCUUGAUUACAUUUGGUUCAGGUGCGUUUAAUUAGCACUGGUGCUAAACUCAGGACGGUGGCCCUCCGGGAAUAGGAUUGGACACGCGUGCAAUACAUUAAAGGGUUUAACUUGACAAACGAUCUCUUUAUUUCCGAGCUUCACCAGUUCAGUCCAUUUUCGCGCCUCCUGAAUCCAUUCCGCUGGUUUUCCUUUUGUGUACAGUAGCAAGCCAUUAGCAUAAAAAUGUCUUUUAUUAAUGAUUGGCGUGCAUGAGCAUGCCAUGUCCAGGUGGAACGCCGAAGCUGCUUUUUUAAAAAUAUUUGAAUCAGCCAUGGGGUAAAAAAAAAAAAAUCUGGUAUUUCUCUUAAAGCGAUAUCGGUUGACAUUUAAUUGAGGAACAAAUCCAGCAAUAACUACUGGUUGAUGUACGUGUACUAGUUAUGGGAUUUUAAUUAUGUUUCAAUCCAACAAAUGUGAAUAUUCUAACAGCUGUGUUCUUCUUCCGGUCAAUCCAUUGCCGCUUUCGAUUUAAUCCCUCCUGGAAGGUCAUAUGCUGUAAAGGGGAUUUGCUUUCUACUCGCGUUUACUUUCCGAGUAGAGCAUUAAUGUUGGGUUGUUAUUGAAAAUGGAUCUUACCUUUGCGGUUUUCAGAUACGGUGGACGAUAGAGGACUGUCAGGACCACGGCGAGGCGUUUGCUGUGGCCUGUGGUGUUUUGCAUCUAGCUGCAUGAAGUGUAUUUGUUUGUACUUGAUGGAAGGUCGCAUAAAGAAGUGUUUCUAUCCAACUUAUUCCUUUCUGUCAAUGUAUACAAACAAGGGCUUCUCGUAGUGGCUACUGAUGCAUUGUUACUUUAGUAAAGUAUAUUUACUUUUAUAGCUUUCAAAUGGAAUAUAUUGUUUUAUCUAUUUUUUUCCAGAACAAUAAAAUUAUUUCACCUCAGAGUA